AUGGAUGACAAGCUGAUUGAAGCAUGCAAAGUAACAUCAUCAUUUCAACGUAAAAAAGCAUUAGAACAACUAGUCAAAUACCUAGAUGAUACUUACUUUGUUGCUAGUGCUGCUGCUGAAACAAGAACAAUAGAAAAUGAUAAAAAGAUCAUUCAUCUAGCUAUCAAUACAUUGGAUGAUCAAAUUGAAAGAUGUCGAACUAUUAGUUUGAAUAUUUUAAUAAAACAUUAUCAAUCUCUAUUCAAAGAUGGUAAUGAUAUUAGUUUAUUGGCUGAAAAGUUGGAAUAUAGAAUGAUCAAUGAAGAGACUGAAGAAUUGAGAAUGGAGAUUAUGAAACUGGUCAAUGCUAUCAUUGUUGGUAGUGGUACUGGCUGUACAACAGAAACUCCUAAUACUUCAAGUGAAUUACUACUAAAGUAUUGUGAAAAGUUUAUGACGAUGAUAAAGAUUGGUUUGGGUGAUAGAAACUAUGAACAAGUUGAUUUGUGUAGUUUAGCGGUGCCAACACGUGCAUCACUAUUUUCAAUGGUUGUUAUACCGCUUCUCAUCCGUAAUCUAGGUGACCGACACCAAAAAGUUCGGUCAUCGUCUAUCUAUGCAUUGACAGCACUCAUUGAAUGUGGUGCGUCAAAGUGUGUAGAGACGAUCAUCUCGCCCAACACCAACAAUCAUAAUAGCAGUAAUUUGCUGCCGGUGCUAUCCAACGACCACGCGCCCAAUGUGAGACUGGCACUUGCCAAUAGUUUGGCAGUGUGGUCGAUCCACUCACCCAAGACCAACACCCCGGUCAUUGUAUACACACUCUUGUCGCUCAUGUCGAGCGAUAUCCCGCUGGUCAUUGGUGCGGCGAAAAAGGCACUCGACACCAUCUCCAACAACUACUAUCAACUCAAAGAGAUGCAAACUGGAAACACACGAAUCGACAAGAUUGCAUGGACAAUCGACACACACUACAAAAUGCCGACUACUACUGCUGCUGCUGGCAAUUGGAGAUGGUGGCAACAAGACACGAUGGCGAUCGAGUCGGCUGCCACACGCGACUUUUUGUCAAGGUUGUCGAAAAAGGUGUUUCAACAUCUCUACAAGACAUACCAUGACAAUGAAUUGGAUCCUGUGCAUCGUGAGACCAAGAUUGGUGUCAUCUACCUACUCGUUGCUUAUUUGGGAUUCAAUGCAACCGCAUACGUUGAUGCUAUUCUCGAAAUGUUGAUGGCUGCUGAAAAUGACAUGAUGCCAUUGAUACGAUCCAAAGUAUUAGAGGUGUCACAACUAGUAGGCUACUAUUGUCUGCCAGAUGGAUGGAUUAAAAAACAAUCAACCACCAUUAAAAAGUAUCUCCAAAGCGGCGACAAUGAUAAUGUCUCUACUAAAGGACUACUCUUAUCAUCAUUUAAUAUAUUAAAUCAACUAUUUAGAGGGUUAUACUUUAAAAUUCAACAACUUCAAGAUCAACUACACAUAUCACUAGACACUAACAAAGACAACCAAUUCAAUAUAUUAAAUGAACAACAAACAACUGCAAUCGUAUCAACCUAUUGUCAAGUAGUUUAUAAUCAAGCUUGGUAUCUAUUCCCAAUUUUACAACAAUCAUUAAUAUCAUUGGUUAAUGUUUCAAAAGGUCUAUUUGCCAUAGAAACUACCAAUAUUGGUGGUAAACAAGGAGACUUGAUAUAUCUCUUAAUUAUACUACAACAACAUGCAGAUGGACAGGCAAUAUUAAAUAGUGUAUGCACAGCACUAUCAACUACUUGGACCGAUUAUUUAAACAAGUAUGGAGGAUCGGUCAUUUUAAACAUACUAGGCAAAGACCAAAGAAUACUUGAUCAAUAUCCAACCUAUCUAUCAGUUAUAGAAUAUAUCAUUCAACGAGUUGCAUUGGAUACACUAAAAACAACUUGGAGUGAUAAUGGCGGGCAAGAUCAAAUACGACAAAAAUUACUCCAACAACAAUCCAAUCCAAAUUCUAAACUUGCCACUUUAUUAAAUCUUAUAAAUCAAUGA